AUGUUUUGGCUAUCAUCCGCCGUACUAUUGACAUUGUCUCAACUGGCAGCCGCCACUUUACAGAUUGUACCAGCCGCAACAUGGACCGCCUCUGGAACCAAUCAGCAUAUUCAAGCUCAUGGCGGAGGUAUGAUCAAGGAAGGGAACACCUAUUACUGGGUGGGCGAAAACAAACUAAAUGGCUCGGCUUUCCAAAGCAUUAACUGUUACUCUUCCACUAAUCUUGUCGAGUGGAAAUACGUUGGGGCACUUUUAACACUGCAGAGCUCGGGAGAUCUCGGCCCUAGCCGAGUUGUCGAACGGCCUAAGGUUAUCUAUAACCCCACGACAAAGCAGUAUGUCUUGUACAUGCACAUCGAUAGUUCAAACUAUGGUGAAGCCAAAGUUGGCGUUGCAACUGGUUCUUCAGUUUGUGGCAGUUAUACAUAUCGAGGAAGCUUCCGGCCUUUAGGCUACGAGAGUCGUGACAUGGGGCUCUACAAAGAUACUGAUGGAACCGCAUAUCUGCUGACGGAGGAUCGAGCGAACGGUCUCCGUAUUGACAAAUUGUCCGCGGACUAUCUCUCGGUUGUUUCAAACGUCUAUACCUGGGCCGAGAAGUAUGAAUCGCCCGCCGUUAUCAAGUCAUCUGCAGGCGUCUACUUCAUGUUUGCGUCUCAACUCACUGGAUGGAAUACGAAUGACAAUAUGUAUUCCACCAGCACAUCACUUUCGGGUCCAUGGUCUUCGUGGAAGACUUUCGCUCCCGCCGGAUCGCGUACGUGGGACAGUCAGACGACUUUUGUCCUUCCGAUCGGCAAUAACUUCAUCUAUAUGGGCGAUCGUUGGUUCAGCAAUAAUCUCAUGCGUAGCACUUACGUCUGGCUCCCGCUAACAAUUUCGGGUACGACCGCCAGUAUGCCAACCAAUUAUGUCAAUUGGGUCGUCGAUGUCAAUACCGGAGCCAUGGGUCCAGGCCCGGGCGAGAAUUGGUACGAAGCCGAGAGUGCUUCCCUGAGCGGUUCGGCCGUCAAAGCAUCAUGUUCCGGAUGCUCUGGUACUAGUGCGGUCGGAUACAUCGGUGGAAGCGGAAAUGGAGUGCUAACGUUCAACAACGUCGCUAGCAAUGCAGCAACUCGUACGACUCUUCGCAUCAAGCAUCUGAACGGGGACACAGCACAGCGAUAUGGCACCAUUACGGUCAACGGCGUCGCUCAGACAGUCGCAUUCCUCCCUACGACAGAUGGACAGACACCGGGUUCAAGUGUUGUACAUGUUAACCUUAAUAGCGGAAGCUCAAAUACGUAUCUAUUGCUGGGUAUAAUGGAGGCUAUGCUGCUGAUGUUGAUAGGCUCAUGCUUUUAG